AAUAUUUUGCCUCGUUAAAGUAAAAAUCAUUUAAAAUAUGUCAGAAGUUGACUUAAUUAUUUUUCGCAGUAUUCGCGAGACUGUUACACUGUUCACAACGCACUUGUUAUUACAGCAUUUAUCGUUAUUGAACAUUUUUUAAAAAUAAUAAUUAGUAAAUAAAGAAAAAAGAAUGAAAAAAUUAAAAUUAACUUUAUUUUCCAUUAUUAUUGUAUUCUGUGAAUUGAUAACAAUAUUUGCCCACGAUUACAAUGAAGUUUUAAUCCCUCUUGGAAAAAUUAAGGGCUCUUUUAUGAAAACACGUUUGGGGGAAAAAUUUCAUUCAUUUCGCGGCAUCAGAUAUGCAGAGCCUCCCAUUGGUGAAAAUCGAUUCCAGCCGCCAGUGUCAGUGAAAAAUUGGGAAGGUAUUUUUGAUGCUUCGAAAGAAGGUCCUUCGUGUCCUCAACCAAAUGCUCGAUUAAUGUCGGAAGAUUGUCUUCGCUUAAAUAUUUAUACAAAACAGUUACCAACGAAGGAAAAUCUUACAAGAAGACCUGUUGUUGUUUAUUUCCAUCCUGGUGGUUUUUAUGUUCGAUCAGGUCAAAGUUAUCAGUAUGGACCACAAUAUUUAAUGGAUAAAAAUAUUGUUUUGGUCACUGUUAAUUAUCGACUUGCUUCUUUGGGUUUUAUGAGCACUGGUGACUCACAUUUGCCAGGAAAUCUUGGCCUCAAAGAUCAAGUGGAAGCUCUUCGUUGGAUAAAAAAUAAUGUCGAUUAUUUUGGCGGCGAUGCAAAUUGCGUGACAAUAACUGGUCAAAGUGCAGGUGCACGAAGUGUGACACUUCAUUUGGUGUCACCAAUGUCAAAGGGUCUCUUCCACCGAGUUAUUGCAUUGAGUGGUUCAGGUGUUAAUCCCGAACCACUUCCCAAUCAUCAACGACAUUUGGCAAAGAAACAGGCUCAAAUUUUGAACUGUCCCAGUGAUAAUAAUGUAAAAGCAAUGAUCGACUGUCUGAGAAAUAAAACUCACGAGGAAUUUGGAAAUUCGAUAAAAAAGUUUGCAGAAUGGUAUGGAGACCCAAUCAUAAUAUGGAGACCAGUAGUUGAACCAGAAAUUCCGGGAGUAGAAAGAUUCCUCACUGAUCAGCCAGCAAAUUUAUUGAGAAAAGGACAAUUUCAUCAUGUGCCGGUAAUUGCUGGCGUCACAAAAGAUGAAUUCUCUGGAAUUAUAAAAGGAAACAUUGAAAGGGCAAGAAAUGGAAAUUUCACGACAAUCAAUGAACGAAAUGAUAAUUGGGAAUUAAUCGCACCGAUCAGUUUUUCUUAUGAACGUAACACUUCAAGAUCAAAGUGUAUCAGCAAGGAACUGUGGAAGUUUUACUUGAAUGAUUCGCCAAUUAGUUUAGACAACAUUAUCGGACUUGGACAAAUUUAUGCCGAUUCAAUAACAAUAAAUUCAGUGCAUCGUUUCGUCAAUUUAUUGGCAGCCACUUCCACACAACCAGUUUAUUAUUACAAAUUUACUUAUCAGGGACGUUACAGUCACACUAUUUGGAACGACUCCAAGAAACCAUUUGGCGUCGUUCACGAAGACGAUCUAAUUUAUCUUUUCUUCCUGGAAAAUAAUUUUCCAAUGUUUAAUGAAACCGAUCCGGAAAUACGAACAAUUGAGCGAAUGACUUCAAUUUGGGAGAAUUUCGCCAAAACUGGAAAUCCCAUUCCUAAGGACAAUGCAUUAUUUGAAAAUGUAAUCUGGCAACGAUUUAUUCCAUCAAAUAAAUGUUAUCUCGACAUUGGCAACGAGCUUGUAAUGAAAAAUGGAAAUAUUUAUCCUGAAAGAAUGCAAUUAUGGGAUAAAUUGUUCCCUCUCACUAUCUUAGAUAAAUUUCCGAAUAUGACGCUUUUCAAUUAUUUAUUUUUUUACCUCUUCAUAAGUGUGUGUUAUGUGAAUUUUUCUGCUGCAAAGGACAAAACAUUGGUCUCGAUAUCACUUGGAAAAAUUCGGGGAUCAUUUAUUCAGUCUCGAUUGGGUAAAGAAAUUUAUUCAUAUCGAGGUAUAAGGUAUGCGGAAGCACCUGUUGGUGAAUUACGAUUUCAGCAAGCUGUGCCAAUUAAGGCUUGGGACAAUAUUUUAGAUGCUUCUGAAGAGGGUCCAGCGUGUCCUCAAUUUAGAGACAAUUCUACCUCUGAAGAUUGUCUUCGUCUAAACGUUUACACAACAGAGUUAACUACAGGAAGUAAAAAUGUAUCCAAGCCAGUUAUUGUUUUCUUUCAUCCCGGUGGAUUUUACUUUAGAUCUGCACAAAGUACUUAUCAUGGACCACAAUAUCUUUUAGACAAGGAUCUUGUUCUAGUUACUGUCAAUUAUCGCCUUGCUUCUUUAGGAUUUAUAAGCGCUGCACAUCCACUACUUCCGGGCAAUAAUGGUCUCAAGGAUCAAGUGGUGGCCCUAAAAUGGGUGAAGGAGCACAUUUCGAAAUUUGGCGGAAAUCCAAAUUGUGUGACGAUUGCGGGACAGAGCGCAGGUUCGUGGAGUGUUGCAUUGCACAUGAUGUCACCAAUGUCAAAGGGUCUCUUUCACAGGGUGAUUUCAAUGAGUGGUUCACCCGUCAAACCGGAACCACUUCCGAGUCAUCAAAAACAUCUCGCCAAGAAACAGGCUCAAAUUUUAAAUUGUCCCACUGAUCCAAUUGAGGCGAUGGUCGAAUGUCUCAAAACAAAACCUGCCGAGGAAUUUGGCAAAUCUUUUCCUAAAUUUAACGAAUGGUACGGUGAUCCGAUUUUAAGAUGGAGACCAGUAGUGGAGCCAAAAUUUCCCGGAGUCGAAAGAUUUCUUACUGAUGAUCCGCAGAAUUUGAUUCGAAGGGGAAAAUUCGAGCACGUUCCAUUUUUUGGUGGUGUUACGAAAGAUGAAUUUGCCGGUGUUAUCAAGGGAACGAUUGAACGUGCCAGACAAGGAAAUACUUCGACAAUCGAUGAGAGAAAUGCCAAUUGGGAUGAAAUAUCACCCAUUAGUUUUCUAUAUCAACGUGGUACACCGAGAUCAAAAUACAUCAGUCACGAAUUGAAGAAAUUUUAUCUCGACGAUCAACCCGUCAGUCUUGACAAUAUUCUCGACCUGGGAAAAAUUUAUGCCGAUGCUGUGACUAUAUUUUCGCAACAUCGUCUAGUAACUUUAUUGGCAGCGGCGAACAAAAAACCAACAUAUUAUUAUAAACUUACUUAUCAGGGUCGAUACAGUCAUGUGACGUGGGUCGACACUAAAAAACCUUUUGGUGUUGUUCAUCAUGACGAGUUAAUUUAUCUUUUUGGCAUUGCACAAUUUCCAGCAAUUAAAGAAGGUGAUCCGGAAUUGGCAACUGUUGAAAAACUGACAGCAAUUUGGGAAAAUUUUGCAAAAACUGGUGAACCAAUUCCCAAGGAAAAUCAUUUGUUCGGCAAUGUCUCUUGGAAUCCAAUUACUCCAAGUCGUCCUUGCUAUUUAGAAAUGAAUAGUGAAUUUGUCAUGAGGGAUGGAAUUAUUUAUCCUGAACGAAUGAAUUUUUGGGAGAAACUUUUCCCCCUUCGACCACUUUCAGUCAAAGGGUGAAAUUAAUUUUUUGAACUGCAGGAAAGUAAUAAGUGAAAAAUAUGGGGCAGAAGUAGAAUUGAGAGGAAGAAAAGGAGGAAAAAAUAAAAAAAAGAGCAAUAAAGAACAAAAAAAAAUAAAGAAAGAAAAAA